AUAUAAUUUUUUUUGGUGGAAACUUGAAGUAUUCAUAUAAUCACCAUAUAUACUUUGAAAUUUCAAUACAGGGUUUUACUCCUUUCAAAAAAACAACAAAACACAGUCACAGGGUUUUGCAUUUGCAUCUUCUUCUCGCUACUGUCACUAUGGCUCCCGAUGCUUCCGAUGCACUUGCAGUGAGACAGAUAGUUCAAAACUUUCUCAACGCCGCUCGUAACGGAAAUCUCGAUCUCUUAAAAAAAUUUGCUGAACAAUUAGAUGAGGGAAAAGAUUUAGCCAAAACAGUUGAAGCAAUUAAAGAUGCAAACAAACGUGGUGCACUUCACUUUGCUGCUAUUGAAGGACAAACCGAGAUUUGUAACUAUCUCUUACAGGAUUUGAAGCUUAACAUUGAUUCUAAAGAUGAUGAUGGUGAAACUGCUCUUAUUCAUGCUGCACGUCAAGGACAUACGGCUACCGCUAAGUAUUUGAUCGACUCCGGUGCUGAUGUUACUAUUGCCAGCACUUUAGGAGCUACUGCAUUGCAUCAUUCGGCAGGGAUAGGAGAUACCGAGUUACUUGAGCAUUUGCUGUCCAAAGGAAUCAAUCCUGACUUAGAAAGUGAUGCGGGAACACCUUUGGUUUGGGCUGCUGGUCAUGCUCAAGAAGCUGCUGUUACUGUUCUGUUAAAAUAUGGUGCAAAUCCCAAUGCUGAAACUGAUGAUGGCAUUACCCCACUCCUUUCAUCUGUGGCAGCUGGUUCUGUAGCAUGCUUAGAGCUGUUAAUACAGGCAGGUGCUAAAGUAAAUGUUAUUGCGGGUGGAGCAACUCCUUUGCACAUUGCAGCUGAUAAUGGGAGUCUAGAACUUCUAGAUUCCUUAUUAAAAGCUGGAGCUGAUCCUAAUAUCUCUGAUGAGGAUGGUGUUAAGCCAAUACAGGUUGCAGCUGGAAGGGGUAAUCGUGCAGCUGUUGAGAUAUUGUUCCCUGCAACUUCUAAAAUUGAUGGUAUUACUUCUUGGACUGUCGAUGGGAUACUAGAGUAUAUUCAAUCAGAAAGUAAAACGCAGCAGGAUAAAUUGGUAGAUGUUAAAGAAAAUAGCCGUCCUGAGGAUGCUGUUUCCCGAGAGUCAAAUACCCCUGAGGUGACACCUGAAGCCAAAAAGAGAGCAGCAGAAUCAAAAUCAAGAGGGGACGAGGCUUUUAAAAGGCAAGACUAUCAUAUGGCAAUAGAUUCCUACACACAAGCAAUUGAUCUGAAUCCCAGCGAUGGUACGUUGCUAUCAAAUAGAAGUCUAUGUUGGAUUAAGCUGGGUCAAGCCGAGCAUGCUUUAGCUGAUGCAAAAGCCUGUAGAGCAUUAAGACCAGAUUGGUCCAAAGCUUGUUAUAGAGAAGGUGCAGCCUUGCGUUUGUUGCAGAAGUUUGAUGAAGCUGCAAAUGCUUUUUACGAGGGUGUAAUGCUUGACCCCGAGAGCAAGGAGCUUGUAAAUGCGUUCAGGGAAGCUGUUGAAGCUGGAAAGAAAUUUCAUGGCACAACUGAGAAUAAAUCAUAGUUGGCCCUUUGCUAAUGCCUCUUACGAAAAGAGAAAAUGUUGCGGAUGAUGUAACCUUAUUCAUUAAUGUAUUUUCUUUUGAGUUACAAUUGUACGGGUACAGUCUACUAGUAGUCUAUUGCGUUAAAAGAUUAUACUAGAAUUUAGAAAGGUUGUUUGCUUAUUUGACAUCUUAGAAAUUUGCAGAAUUGGGCAUUGUGAAAAUGACAAUGCAGGCAAUUGUGAAAA